AUGAGGGCCGUACCGGCGCUGGACCCCAAGCAAUGGGUCGGAGAGCUGGACAUCAUCGACGUCGGCGACGUGGUGCCCGAAUUUCUGGCUAAGGGAUACUUGCUGUCGGACCUCGUGGGCAUGUACAAGGAGAAGCUCGGCACUGAGAUGGACGUCCUACCAGUACCCGAGUGGAUGCGGAAGGCCAAGGAUUUGGGCAUGCGGAAGGGUGUCGAGGCUACCUGGACUGGGAGUGAAGUGUUUGUAUCGACUGUGUUGCGCAAGGGGGGCAAGUUAUAG